ACCUGGAUUAUAAAAUUCUGGUUUUAAUCCAAACAAACACUAAAAAAAGCAAAAAGCUUCAGGAUUUUCAAUGGCCAUGGCUACUUCUCCAGUUUUCUCCUCAGUAGUCCUUCCCGCCAAAACCCCAACAACAAUUAGGUCAAAAUCACUAACCCCCUCUGUUCCAUCCUCCAUUUCUUCAACUUGGGUUUCAUUUUCACAAAACAAAAACAACUAUUUUCAUCUUCAAUCAUCAAAAAAGAGUGAUUUUAAGGUAUUUUCAUCAACUACUGAAGUAGUUAGAGAAACAGUAGCUAAAAAACCAUCAAAGGUGUUACCUUUUAGAGUUGGUCAUGGAUUUGAUCUUCAUAGAUUAGAACCUGGUUACCCUUUGAUUAUUGGGGGUAUUAGUAUUCCUCAUGACCGUGGUUGUGAAGCUCAUUCUGAUGGGGAUGUGUUGCUUCACUGUGUUGUUGAUGCAAUUUUGGGUGCCUUAGGGUUACCAGAUAUUGGGCAGAUUUUCCCAGAUAAUGAUCCUAAAUGGAAAGGUGCUGCUUCAUCUGUCUUUAUCAAAGAAGCUGUGAGGCUCAUGGAUGAGGCUGGUUAUGAGAUUGGAAACUUAGAUGCCACCUUGAUUCUGCAAAGGCCAAAAGUGAGCCCGCACAAGGAGAAUAUCAGGGCAAACUUGUCUGAGUUGCUUGGGGCUGAUCCAUCUGUUAUCAAUCUCAAAGCGAAAACUCAUGAGAAGGUUGACAGCCUUGGAGAGAACCGCAGUAUUGCAGCUCACACCGUGGUACUUUUGAUGAGGAAGUAAGAGAGGGCAAUAGAGAGAACGAGAGGAGAGAUUUUCUCCUCCAAACCUUGUAGUCUUUAAGUUGUAAGAAUUCUACGAUUCUCAUUCUUACAGGGACCUCAUUUCCCUAUCACGCCAGAUGGAAAAAUAGAAAGAAAAAAAAUGAAGGACCAUGGCAUUGAUGGCCCGUAAUGGCCUAAUGUUAAAGCUCCCAUGUAAUGUAUUGCACUUGUUGGUAUAGAAAAUCAUUUUGGGUGUCAAGGACUACUUGUGUCUCCUCUAUAUAUAAAUAUAUGUGAAUUUCCUGAA